AUGGCCGACGUUGCACCCCGAAAGCGCGCCCGCUCGCCUUCCCCUGCUUACGGGGACACGUUAGCGUCACCGCUCGAAGUCCUCUUAAAGCGUCGCAGGCGGGACACGUACGCGGCCUCUCGCAUGCCCCCGCCGCCAGUGUGGGGUGCCCCAAGUAUGCAGAUGGACGAGGACGACCCGCUUUCCUCACACGGCCCAUCCUCCCCCUUACACCGCGUCGACGAGUACUAUGAGCACCGUCGGCAGCGGCAGUGGGAGCGCCUUCAGGCGCCUUCCUUAUCUCAACCGGCUCCGCGUCUUCCCGACUCGAGUCCAUUCCGAGCCAGCCACCCGCCCUUACAGCGCAGCAUCACAAACGAGUCCUUGACCUCGGAGUAUGAGAUUGAGGUCGGCCGCCUUGGGUUAUCCAGCUCGCCGGUUCGCCACCAGCCUCCUGGAAGCACUCCGUUCCGCACGAACGAGUGGACACCCGAGGAGCGCAUGCGUGAGUGGGGCGACGAGUAUGCCCGUCAGAACAGCCUCCUGCAUUCCCUGCAUCUCGCCCGAGCCGAGAGCCACCACUCUCCAAUCCAAUACACUCCCGAACGCCCGAUCGACAUGAGCACGCCUCAUCGCACUCCUGGAGCGACCCCCAGUGCGCCGUCGUCUACGAUAUUACCUACACCGUACCGCAUACGCGGCGUUCUGGAGACGCCUGGCCUGGUCUCGCCGUACGCUCCGCAUGCGCCAGCGCCGAGCCCCGUGUUCGAGCCAGAAGUCGCUGCCAGGUACGAGGAGACGAACAGGCUUCUCGCGGAGCUCAACGUCGCACGUAUUCGCCGUCAUCUCGACGACAUCUAA